CUCCGCGAGACCGGCCACGUAACCACCGCCAUAUUGAAACAGUCGUGGAUCGUCUGUCGUUCCUCCCACCCCUUCAGAUUUUGUAGUUUUCUACAACAUGGGAGGCUCACAGAGCGCAGAGAUACCAGGGGGAGGUACAGAAGGCUACCACGUCCUUAGGGUUCAAGAAAACUCGCCCGGUGCUAAGGCUGGGCUAGAAGCAUUCUUUGAUUUCAUCGUGGCCAUAGGAAAUACAAGAUUGGAUAAGGACAAUGACACCCUUAAGGACCUCCUUAAGGCUAAUGUGGAGAAGCCUGUGAAGAUGAUGGUGUACAGCAGCAAGUCUCUGAAGGUUCGGGAGGUCACCAUCACCCCCAGCAACAUGUGGGGAGGUCAGGGGUUACUCGGGGUCAGCAUCAGGUUCUGUUCUUUUGAAGGAGCCAAUGAGAACGUUUGGCACGUACUGGAUGUCCAGCCCAGCUCCCCGGCUACCCUAGCUGGUCUGAAGUCCAACACUGAUUACAUCAUAGGGGCAGACACAGUACUACAUGAGUCUGAAGACCUGUUCUCCCUGAUAGAGUCCCACGAAGGAAAGCCCCUGAAGCUGUAUGUUUAUAACGUGGAGACGGACAGAUGUCGAGAGGUCACCAUCACCCCUAAUGGAGCCUGGGGAGGAGAGGGGAGCUUAGGCUGUGGAAUCGGUUACGGUUACUUACACAGGAUACCCACAAAGUCUCCUCAGGAGGUGAACAUGUCUGUCCCUGCCUCUGCUCCCCCCUCCUACAACAGUGUGGUACCUCCCGCUAACGUGGCGCCCACUCCUGACGGCUUCUCAGAGGUCCCUCUAAGUGGUUCUCCCCCAUCUCCUCAGAAACAAGCGGGGCUGGACCAGGGCAUGGCGUCCCUGUCUGUAGGGACUGUCCCCACACCGUCUGUGCCUGGUGCACUCACUACACCUACUGUAGGAGCCAAUCCUCUCAACACAGGUGAGGUGGUCCAAGUUCCCCAGCUGGAGUCCCCAGAGUUCUCUCCACCCCCAGCAAACCAGCAACAAGAACAAACCGUUCAGAACACUGAUGGUACCCCCACAGUCCCAGUGUUGCCUGCUGGGUCGCCUGCCCCUGCUGUAGGACUCCCAUCCCUACCAAAUAUGGGCGCGCAACCGGGCGUGUCCCCAGCAACCGCAGCCUUGCCAACUAUACCAGGUGUAACGCCGCUUCCUAACCUGCCCCCUUUAACAACCCCCAUCUCCCUCCCCGGCAUUCCCCCCCUCAACUUACCGCCAGGCCUGGCCACCACGAUGCCCGGAGGUCUGCCGAUGACGACAUCACUGCAGUUCACUCCUGGCGCCGCACCCCCUCUCUCCUUGCCUGCCAACAUGACCAUACCACCUGUUUCCCUUCCUGCCACAUUCUCCAUCCCCCCAGCUUCCCUCCCAGCAUCCUCUUCUACCUCGCUCCCAAGUGUCGCCCCUUUACCCAAACUGCCUCCUGGCAUCACCAUCCCUCCCCUGUCCUCCCCACCGACCCUUCCUAGCGCCCCCGUUACAGAUUUGACGGAAAGAGCACAAGACGCAACGUCACAAGAACAAGCGGAGAGUACGCCAACAGAAGCGGUAGCUGCAACAUCGUGAAGAAAAAAAAUACAGCCGUCAUAAAAUAAUACAGAAUAAGAACCCUGGACACCCCUGUGUACAAAAUGUGUUGAUCAAGGUCAUAGGUCAGCAAGAGACAUCCUCAGAUAGUUAGUUAUGGAAAUGUAAUAAUCAGUGAUGAAGAAGGACUACUGUUGUCAACAAUAAUUACAACUGUAAAUAUCAAACUUUUGCUGUGGUUUUAUCCUUGUGGUGAAUUCAUCACACUUGGAAUAUCCAUUUCCAAUGAAUUACUACUGUACGACAAAAUGGUUUCAACCACAAAUUUAAAACAGUGCAAAAACCUUUUCUCUGCUGCAAGAUAAAACCACUACAAAAGUAAAUAAAUUUACAGUAUUUGUAAGCUACCAUUAUAGUUAUUUCUCAAUCGGGCAUUAUUUUUUUAGUCUGUAGUUUUCGCCUAUAAAAAAUGGUUGGAAAAUAUUCCAACUUUGCAAGUUGUAGUCUACGAAAAGGAAAAUAGAGACAAGGAUAGCAAAAAAAGGUUUGUUGUUGUCCAUUGUCAAAAAGCUAGACUUCCAGUUGAAAAUGCAUAUAUAAAGUAAUGCAAUGAAGAAUAUUUGUAUCUCAAAGGUUUGUUGACAAAUGCUAUUUUACGUUAAUUGAUAGUGAAUACAUAAGUGUGCAUUUUGCCUUUGUAAGAACAAUAAGAAGUGGGAUGAAAUCUAUCCGAGAUUUUGCUAUAUUUAUGGAGGAGAACCUGUAAACCACAUAGUUGUAAAUAUUGGUUAGACAACCUGUAUUGGAGUUACUAGUAUAACAACAUUAAGACAUGUAAUUGUUUUGUUGUUACCUGGGAUUUUGAGGCUGUAACUUUUCUGGGUGUGGGGUUAGCUUUUAGACAAUCCACACUCCUACUAUGUAUGAUGCAAUGUCAUAUACAGUCUUGUACACAAAAGAACUGGCAAGAGUUA